AUGAGGGUUGAGCCUUCAGAGGGCUUUCUGCAGACAAAAAUUGCUUUGGCCAGUGAUUUCUACUGGUGCUUCUACAUUGGGCACAAGGGCAGGUUUGGACACGAGUUUCUGGAGUUCGAGUUCCAGGCAGAUGUAAAACUUAGAUAAGCCAACAACAGCCAUUAUAAAAAUGAUGUCAUGAUCGGAAAAGAGGUCUGCAUACACAAGAGUAUAAUGGAAGAAAUGAUGAGAAUUAUUGAUGACAGUGAAAUUACAAAGGAAGAUGAUGCUUUGUGGCCUCCCCCUGACAGGGUUGGCCAACAGGAGCUUGAAAUUAUAACUGGAGAUGAACACAUUUCUUUUACUACAUCAAAAAUAGGUUCUCUCAUUGAUGUAAAUCACUCAAAGAAUCCCGAAGGACUUCAAGUAUUUUACUAUUUGGUACAGGACCUGAAAUGUUUAGUUUUCAGUCUUACUGGAUUACAUUUCAAUAUUAAACAAUCUAAAUUAUAUGUUUUUGAAGCUGUUUUUAUAUUUAAUCAAGGGAUUGGUUGCAACCGCCAGUUCCCAAAGGAAAAACUGAUUGACACAAACGUCACAUGGGCAUCUGCACUAAACACAAACACAUGCACUUCAAACAUUGACACAACCACCCAACAGAAAGACAACCUACUACCCAGGGAACACACCAGAGUAACGCUGGGGACGUUAAAGAGCGACUAUUUCCGGUCAUGCCCGCGAGUAAGAAGUGCCACAAACCUUCUCCUCUGCUUAGGGGAGGGUUCUCGCGACGUGGGUGCUCUCUCCUUCGCCAGACUCACCCAUCAACCACAGGAAGCUGCCGAGGGUACUCGUAAAUCACCUCACCAGGGCGCAGCCACGUUGGAGAAGACUGCACUACAUUUCCCAUGA